ACUCGGCCCUCCGUUGGACCAAAAACAUUUAAACUGAUUGAACGGAAAGCGAUCUCCGCUUUCGACUUGAGUUGAAUCGCUGCUCUGCUUCGUAACUCGACAAGGGCCUCUCUUCGGCUUUCGGUGACGAGCAAGUCCAGAGCGCGCAGGUUGACGAGGUGCGCUCAGGGAUUGCUUUUUAUGAUUUUUGUCUCCGUUUUAUGAAAUAACGUGGAGAUAUCGUUCCGCCUAAAAGAGGCUGCUCCCCCUCUUAACACGAUGGAGGUGAAACCCGACAUCUGCUUGGGCGGCGUCCUGCGUCUCCACAAAAGUCUCGAGAGUGUGGCCAAGGAGCGCCGGUGCUCGGAGCUGCUCAGCGACUCCGACUCCGGGGUCGCCCCGUCACCCUUCACUCCCGAAGACGACCACCUCGGCUCCUCAGACGGAGAGCUGAGCGCAGGUGGCAGCUACAGCUCGGUGUCUGCCAUGGGUUUCGAGACGGACGUGCAGCAACAGCAGCAGCAGCAGCAACAGCAGCAGCAUCAGCAGCAUCACCAUCAGCAGCAGCAAGCCAAGUCCGGCAAAGCGUACAUGCGCCGUCCGAAGCCACCGUUCUCGUACAUCGCGUUGAUCGCCAUGGCGAUCCGCGACUCUCAGACCGGCCGGCUAACCCUGGCAGAGAUCAACGACUACCUGAUGAGCAAGUUCCCCUUCUUCCGCGGCAGCUACACGGGCUGGCGCAACUCGGUGCGCCACAACCUGUCCCUCAACGAGUGCUUCGUGAAGGUGCUGCGCGACCCGUCGCGGCCCUGGGGCAAGGACAACUUCUGGAUGAUCAACCCGGACAGCGAGUACACCUUCGCCGACGGCGUCUUCAGGCGGCGCAGGAAGCGCAUCUCCCGCUCGCGGGGCGGCUCCGGCAGCGAGGGCCGGGCGACGCCGUCCCCGCCGCCGCCGCCGCCGCCGCCGCCCGGCGACACGGCGCAGACGCCCUGCCGCCGGUACGGGGGACGCGAGGCCGGCCCCAAGUUCUCAAGCCCCUUUGCCAUCGAGAGCCUGCUCAGCAGGCCGCACGUGCCCGCCGCGCCACCCGCCUCCAAGGUGAUCCGCAGGCCGCCGUCGCCCCUCGGCUUCGGCGAGGUGACCUACCUGGGACUGCCGGAUCCCCGCGGCGGCCUGUGGACCUGCGACGCGGUGGCCUACCGCCCGCUGAUGCACCCGCUGGCGCUGCACGCGCAGUCCGCGAUGGGCGGCCCGCCGCCGCUGUUCGCCACGGCACUGGGGCCGCUGAUCCCCUUGAGCGUGGCGGAGGCGGCCUGGCUUCGCGAGGCCCACGGGGAGAAGGGCCGGCCCGUCAAGGUCUUCCCGCAGUUGGCGCAGCGCCUGCCCUUCGGCGUGGAGAAGUUGCUCGCCUGACUCGAGAGAGAAACCGCACACGGUAUCGCGCAGGACCAUUUGCACUGUCGAAGACUGUCGGAGGGACGGGCGCUAGCGGAAUGUUGACAAAGCCUUAACUGGUUACUACUAUAAAGCUGAACUUUGCGGGAGGUGCGUAACACAAGCAUUUGACGACAGUGGAGCCACGCUGAGCUUUGUUUAGUUUUAUUUUCGUUGUUCUGUCUUUAUAUACGUGUGUGCAUGCUAAACAUGAAGAACUUCCCCACACAAUGUAUUGUCACGACCGCCUAAAAUUACUAAUUGCUCAAAAAUUACUAAAGUAGCAUUGCCCUCAUUUAUAGAUAAUGCGGUAGGUGACGCGCUGCUUUCUGCAGUGUAGAGAAGCAACAGUGACCCAAUGAGAGCCUGGACUUUUAUAGACGCUUUGUAGAAAGAAGAUUUUCGUUCGAUGUCAAAACGUAAUCGAUGUGACAAGCAGCCUAUGGAAGUGCCCUCCUGUCAGUGAACUAACAAUGCCACGUUUGCCGUGGCUUUACCAGCUUCGCACGGUGGAGAACAUCGUCGUAUAUUUAUUGCAAAUAUUCUUCCCACGAAGGCGUGCGAGUGCACGCCCGAGACGGCGCUGUCAAGGUGCCGCCUUUUGUUGAAGUAGGAAAGGUUGGGAAUGUGAAGGAAUAUUUGGGGAGAUGUCUUGUAUGAAUGAAAGGCAGCUGCCUCAAGCUGCUCACUCGAUGAGUCUUUAACAAAUCAAAGCAAGUGAAAUGAAAUAUUCUUGGUUCAUUCGAUAAAGUCACGUAGAAGGGAAACAAUAAAAUAAUAAAAAUAUAAAACAUAUAUAUUUUUAUAAUUGUAUUGUUUCCCUUCUACGUGAAUUUACCGAAAGAACCAUGAAUAUGAAUCCCUGCAGUCACGAAAGCUUUAAAUCAAAAGUGAAAUGAAGUUUAUAUAUACAUAUAAGGAGUGAAUGUAGGUUGCUUUGAAUGCGCCUUUCCUAAAGCUUUUUUUGACGUAACACUGGCAGACAGAGAUGGUCACAAAUGUUACACAACGAACCUGCUCAGGUGAUGCUUGUUUAGUUUUUACAUAAUAUAUGCUCAGGCAAAAUCUCAAAGGUUUACAUAUUUGGGACCUUGUAGAAGUAAUUUUUGAAAUCAAAACGUCAAAUGACGACCUGUGAUUUUGCGUUCUGGCGUUUUCACGUUGACUGCCUUGCCACGCCUCUUUGUGAAUACCGCAAUGUACAUUCUUGACACCUCAUGAUGUGUGAUGUUUGUUGAACUUAACUUUUAUUUUUUUUGACGUAAGUGCCUCGGUGCUGGUUAUUUUGAAUAUGUAUAGUGCAGGAUUUCCAAACUGGUGGUUUGUGCAUAUUUGUGGCAUGAUGUGUUUGACAUUCUUAUUUCGAAUUUCAUUUUAAUUAUUCAUUAUUGUAACUAUUUGACUGUUAUACAGCUGGUUGUAUGACUUUUUGCGUGUUUUAAAAUAAAAAUAUUUAUUUACCCCUCAAGUAAUGUCGUGAAGGUUUAUAAUUCGAACCCAAAUAUUUUUAGAAUUGGUGUGAGGUGUGGUCAGAACACUCUGAGAAUGUGGCAUUGCAAGCAUUCAGAUGCAUUCCUGCACUUGAAUUUACAAUGUAUCAACCUUUAACAUCAGUAGCCUUCCUCUGUUAUGUGAUAAAAAAACUUUAUUAGUUUCAAUCGAUUGUCAAUCUCCUGCUAUAAAAGACUCCCUUCGUCAAGCCACUGCUGGAUGACGGAUUUACACCCACAAACCAUGCCGCUCACGAGGGAUGUCUGACCAUACUUCACCAUGCUGCUCAGUCCAGGUAGGUGACGGGAGCGGAAGGCGGGGACGGCAGGAAUGGUUCACUCGCCACUGAUGUUAGCCGUGACAAUCGAUCUUUGUUCGGCAGGAUUCUAGCAGAGUGCCCUCCACUCCCACCUCCUGCGCCACCGCUACACCACCACAGAUCUAUUCAUUUAUUUAAUCGCAUUACAAUUU